CCCCGUCCGACUCAUCAGUCCACUCGCGCACAACUAGCGGCGUCCGUCAUGCAAGCUUGGUCGCACUUGGUGUCCUCUGCCGUUGAUCUUGAUGCCUCCCCGCUUGUUCUCCCGUGCUGCUACCAUGGAUCUCAUCAAGUUUGUCAACAGGUUUGCAUUGUUAUCCAAUCCUUUGUGCCUAUGGUUGCCCUCAACGUGUGCUACCUGUUUGCCUGGACUUGAAACAAGUACAAGAUAACAUCUCUACGGGUUAUAUUCACUUAUGAAGAUAAUAGGCCACGACAUGAUGAUGCCGGAUGGAAACAAAAAAAAACACCAAAUUCUCCAAUAUCAAAAGAGAUCAUGGACGAGACAUAGAUAUUGUCGACGCUCUGAAAGAACAGGCUAACAUCACACCCGAUGUGAUGUUUUUGGAAGAGAACACAUACACGUAAAGUUUUAAAUAACAAAAGAAGUGCAUACUAAGGAUUGCAAUUUUGAUAUGCAUGUAUGCAUGUUCCAUCUGACCAUAUUUUGAUAUAAAUUUUUAUUUUGUAGCUCAUGACCAUGAUAUAAAUAGAUUUUAUUGUUGUUUGAAAAAGACCCACCAGCGAUUGGCACGGAGAUGGCUGGAAGGGACUCUAAACUUGCCAUGCUUUAGAACAAGUAAAUGAGAUUCAGAAGGUUCUGGGAGUUGUCGCGCACUCAUGCUCGCCAUGUUCCGCAACAAGGUCCUCGUGCGCGCCGGCCCCUCCUCCUCCUCCACACCACCGCCGCCGUUCCUCCUCCGCCAGGUGUCCUUCUCCACCGACGCUCCAUCCGUCGACAUCGAAAUCCUCUGCUGCAGGCUGUCCCGCCGCCACCGUCUCGCGUGCCUACCCCAGCCCCCAGCCGACGCCCUCCUAGUCUACCAGAGAUGCCAGUCUGCUGCGGCCGCGGAGGCGGCCUCCGAAAUCGCGGCAGCCUUCCUGGACGCGUCAGUUGGUGAGGAGGAGGAGGUGGUGUGUUCGGGCGCACUGGUUGCAAAAGCAGUUGAGUGUGGACUGCGAUGUUUGAUGCUCGAGCGUGGAUGGAGGUUUGUUGGGGGGAGCAUAUUCGUCGACUCCACAUUUGCUGCGAGCGAGGAGAGGACUGAUCUGCGCGCGUUGAAUGUGGAAGUCAGAUCUGGACUAAAUGAUGAUUACGAGUUUGUUGUCUCACCUGAUGCAUUUCGGUUUACUGCACUUAAGAUCUCUGAUGUUGCUAGCUCCAGUGUGAUGGAAACAUUCCAACGCACUGAGGAAGUAAGUUUGGAUGGUUGUAGCCCCCUGACAGCUUGUGCAAUUCUUCCAACAUUACAGGAAGGUCAUGUGAUAGGUUUUAGCAAAUUACUUCCUUCAGGGCAGAGCUUGGACAACUUUACGGAGCUUUGCUCAGUUAAGCAUGGUUUAGAGAUGAACUAUAGUUAUCAUGCAGCAGUCAAACUGACAUGUGGAGUUUCCUGGGAGAAGCAAUGGUUGCCCUCUCCAUUAGUCCUCCAAGGUUCAGGGCUUCAACCUGCCCUAAAAUCUGUUAGAGCAUCAAAGGCAAUGUCUUCCUUGCAGUUCUUUGUAGAAUUGUUGACAGCUUGGAAUUUCUUUGGUCAGAAUCAAUUUGUAGUUAAGGAACAAUUGCUAGUUAGCUGCACGACAAUUCUGCCUACUUGGGACAAAGCCAUAAGUAAAUUGUCAGUGCAGACUGCAAGAACUGACAAUUCAGAGGAUCUUGGUUUAGUUCAUACAAGUUUUAUGGCCAAAGACCAAUCACUGAAUCUAGAUUUCCGCACCCCAAAACCAGCUGUCUUCUGCUCUUCGAGUGCCAAAGUUCACGAGCUUCCUCGGUGUAUGGAUGAUGAUGGCACUAGCAAUGGCACCCGUUCCACCAACCAUUUUUUUCCAUCACAACCUAUUGUCCUAACCAGUUCAUCCAAGUCGCAAGUUACAUUAUUGAAGCCUUCAUUCAGCAGAAGUAAACGAGCAAAUGAAAACAAAACAAGGUGCUCUUCAGAACAAUCUUAUGCUGACAGUUCAAACAAAACUGGCCUACCAAAACCAUCACACAGAAGUUCUCCUAAGGCAAGCCAUGCUAACCCUAUCAAUUCAUCAAGUGCAAUUCUUGUCAAUCAAGUCAUUCAGGUUUCUGUGCAUCCUAAAAGAAAGCGCGCCGAGUUUCUGGAGAACAGUGAUAAAGGAGAAACUGCAAAAGUGCACCAAAAAGAUUGUUGCGAAAGGAGGAACUUGGACACAAUAAAGAGUAAAGACUAUACAACAGAUGUCCCACAUGACACAAAAUUAAUGCUGGAUAUCAAGGAUGUGCUUAGCGCAAAAACAAUAGAGACAAAAUCAAAGACUAUGGUUGGCAAGGAUGAGAUAAACUUCAUGACAAAAUCAAAAAGAAAGCCAGCAGUUGUCAAAGAGGAGUUAACUAAAAAGGUGAUAGAUCAUCAGAAGGAUGUUACUCAAAAGGUGGCAAAGGCAAAGACAGUGCUUGCUAAGGAUGAGCUAACUUUAACAGCGAAGACAAAAACAAAACCCGAUGUUAACAAGAACGAGUCAGCUGAAAAGGCGAUAGAUCAUCAGAAGGAUGUUACUCAAAAGGUGGCAAAGGCAAAGACAAAACCUGAUGUUAACAAAAAUGAGUCAGCUGAAAAGGUCAUAGAUCAUCAUAAGCGAGGUGAGAUGCGUCUUCUUACAGUUGCUGAGCUGAAGUGCUUCCUCAGUAUAAAAAAAGCAAAAGUUGGAGGUACAAAGGAAGUGCUUAUCCAAAGAGCAAAUGAACUCCUUUCUUGAGAUAGCCUUAAAUGUGCAGUAAUGCGUCGCAACAUGGUGUGCCUGUAGAUUCAGGCUGCUUCUCUACUGUGUGUUUAUAUUAUAUGGGGUCAACAUGAUAUUGGAAGUACUCUCAGCAAACAUGAUAUUAGAUCAUUAAGAGGUAUUUACUUAUGUAAUCGGUAGAAUUGUUGAUAUCAAGCUGCUGUGUAUAAUAUUUUGGGAAAACAGAACACUUUUGCCUCUGGAUA